AAUAUAAUUUAGAUUGUUUUACGAACUCUGUAAGUGCAGACUUUCACUAAUCAUUACCUACAUCUGAAGAGAUAGUAAGGCUAAAUAAUUACGCGAAUUCUUGGAAUGUCAGUCAGAAAUCCUUCAAAGUAAAGAAUCGCGCCGACUUUAUUAAAAUUUUGUUGUGUGGCUGUGGUAAAUCAUUAUUUUACCGUCCCACUCGCGUGUAUAACCGGAACGUCAAGGUAACCACUGUCAUUAACAAAACAGAAGCAGAGAACAGAACAGAAAUGGCAACAUGUAGUGCAGUAUUUACAUUUGCUGUUCGGUGCUAUUUCAGUAUUAUUAGUGUUAAUUUUCGUUAUUUAUUAUUAAAUUUUACCCGUAAUCUCGCUUUAUGAAUGGGAAACAAUUUCACAUUAAUUUCGAAUUAUGUCGAAUGAUAAUCAAAAUUCGGCUGCCCAAGAAUCUGUGUUGCUCAGUACCUUUUAUUGUGGACGUAAAAGAUUUAAAUUAUAUUUUCAUAGGAACCAAAUUGUGUGGGAUUAUGCCAAGCCCCCAUACGCACAACAUUCUGUGUCAAUUGAGGAUGUUAUCUCCGUUCAAUAUAAGUGUGUAAGCACCGGACCAGGCAACGAUGUUGCCUAUGAUCCCUACUAUUUUAUCAUUCAUUACGCCGAGCAGAAAAAGCCCAAUGUGUGGCGGUACAACUCGCUCACAUUGCGUCAUUGCGAUGCGCUACAAGUUUCCUCUUGGGUGAAGACUCUUCAAAAUCAUUUGCAGAAAUUCUGCAAAAGGCCCAAGAGGUUGCUUCUUUUUGUGAACCCCGUUGGUGGGAAAAGGCGGGCAAUGCACAUCUACGAGCGCUAUGCAAAGCCUCUGUUUCAUAUUGCCGGAAUUGACGUCAGCGUUAUAGUAUCGCAAAGGCAGAAUCAAAUACGCGACUUUCUCAUUCAUCACAAUUUGGACAUGUUCGAUUCUAUAGCUUGCGUGGGCGGUGAUGGUACCGUGUCGGAAGUAUUUAAUGGAUUAGUUAUGCGCGAAUGCAGGUUGCACGGCAUUGAUCCGGAUGAGGCGGUGGCACAGCUUCCGAGACCAUCAAUGCCCAUAGGAAUUAUUCCAGCUGGCAGUACGGAUACAAUUAUUUAUUGUUUACACGGAACAACAGAUGUGACUACGGCAGUUAUGAACAUAAUACUCGGAGAUUCUCUAGGAUUAGAUCUUGUCUCGGUUCACGACGAUACCCGCCUACUUCGCCUAUACGCCAGUAUUUUAAGCUACGGAUACCUGGGUGACAUUGCGCACAACAGUGAAUCUUUUCGUUGGAUGGGACCAUCAAGGUACGAGUAUUGUGGUUUUAAAAACAUUAUGGCUAACAAAGGGUACAAUGGCGAAAUUUCCAUUUUAUGUGACGAAGAUAAUAUUGAACAAGCCAAAUGCUGCGGUAGAUGCGACCAGUGCACUUCCCAACAGAAUGGAGUUAGUGGUGGCAAAAAAGUUGACAGGUGGAAAACUGUGCGAGGGAAAUUCUUUAUGAUUAAUGCGGCUAAUAUUAGUUGCGCAUGUAUUCGUAGUCCAUAUGGUAUUGCACCGUAUUGCCACUUAGGUGACGGGUAUUUACAUUUGGUACUAGUGCGACACACAUCACUAAUUAAUAACUUGCGCAUUCUGUCUCGAUAUGCUAAACGUACGUAUACUACGGAUGACUUACCGUUCAUCGAGGUCCAUAGGGCAAAAGAAAUUACUUUUCACGCAAACGACGCUGUUAGAAGUCAUUGGAACUGUGAUGGUGAAGUUCAACAUCAAUCGGAUAUACAUGCUCGAGUACACUGUCAGCUCAUUAAUGUAUUUACUAGGGGAAGCACUAUGGCUGUCGAUGAUGAAAGCAAUAAUAAAUGCAAUUUUUGUAGGUUUUGUAAAAUAUAAGAUAGAUGCAUAUAUAUUUUUACGGACUUGGAGGUAUUCUGUGAUAAUUUAACAAACUUUUCAAUUAUUCUCAAUUGUUAAUAUUGCCAUUUUUGUAUAUGUGUGGUAGGCAAUGUCUGAUGUAAAAUUUACAAUUAUGUGAAGUCAAGUAGGCAACACACGAUACAAGACUGUCAGAUUAUGGUUGAAUUACAUAGUUUGUGUUGUUGACGUGACGUCUGUAGAGUGCACAAAUUAGGUCAGUUCAAAUCGGACAUCGCUUAGCGAAUACAGAAGUCACGAAAUUUUUAAGAAAAAUGAGUUGUGGCCAUAGCUACUUAAAAGUGAACUGAAUGUUUGUCAUUCCUCAUACAGUACAGUGCAGAUCGUAUUCACUAGAAAACGAAAAAAAUAACACCAAAAUAUUGAAAACCUGUUUUCUGUCAGAGACAGGUGUUUGUGAAUAUUGACUUGUUUUGUACAAAAUCUCGAUGUUUUUAGUUUCGAAUAUUUUCUUAGAACAGUAAUGUAAAUAAGUACACAAUAAAGUUUCUUAUAAAGUAA